AUGGGUAUGAUCAAGUGGACGCAAUAUUUGGUGGACAUAGUUGAAGAAAGCCUUGGACGAGUCCUCAACUUAGACUCCAUUCAAGCUGGUAAUAAAUCAUGGUUAGGGACUGACCUCUUGAUCUUCAACACGUGGCAUUGGUGGACCUACAUCGGACCUUCCUCUCAAGGAUGGGAUUAUAUUAGAGAUGAUUCAAAUCUUGUGAAGGACAUGGACCGUUUGGAAGCAUUUCAUAAGGGGUUAAACACAUGGGCUGCAUGGGUUGAUCAAAAUCUUGACCCUUCCAAAACCAAAGUAUUCUUUCAUGGCAUUUCUCCUAAACAUACCCAGUAAGAAGUAAUAAUUAAUUAACUCCUCUCAUGAAUCAAUUAGAGUUUCAACUAAUCUUAUGUUUCAAAUGAAGUUGCACUGGAGAAACAGAACCAUAUAAGGGGCCAAGGGUGAAGAUUGCAGCCAUUGGUGCCUCCCUGGAGUACCUGAUACUUGGAACCUCCUCCUAAAUGCAGCACUCACCACCUCAUGAACUCGGUUAUUAUACCAUUCAAGAUGUCCAACAAUUUUAUUGCUAUUAUUAUUUUACUUAAACAUUAUUAUUACAAAUUUACAACCACUCAACUUCUAAAGUUUUAAGCUUUAACCAUAACCAACAAUAGCACUAAUCAAUUAUUACAGCACACCUUACAACUAAGUACAUA